ACACUAAAUAUUCCACACGAAAAAGCUAAGGACGACUUAGUGGAAAGAGGACCAAAAAUGGAGUCAAGAUGCUCGACGGAGAAGACAGUCGGUAAAUCCAUAAGAUGCAGAGCGGCAGUCGCCAGGAAAGCAGGGGAGCCACUAAUCAUAGAAGAAAUCGACGUGUUACCGCCGAUGGCUUGGGAAGUCAGAAUUAGGAUUCUCUGUACUUCGCUUUGCCAUUCCGACGUUACGAUGUGGAAAAUCCCCUCUGGACCGGCGACGUUCUUCCCGAGGAUUUUCGGCCACGAAGCCGCCGGAGUAGUGGAAAGCGUAGGGGACUAUGUGGAGGAAUUCGUACCUGGAGAUUUGGUGUUGCCGGUGUUCGAGAGGAACUGCGGCGACUGCCGAGACUGCCGGUCGCCGAAGGGAAACGCCUGCUCGAAGUUCGCCGCCGAAUUCUAUGGCGGAAUGCCGCGCGACGGAUCGACGAGGUUUCUGGACGCCGGCGGGAAUCCGAUUCACCAUUUUCUCUCCGUCUCGAGCUUCUCCGAAUUCACGGUGGUCGACGUCGCUCACGUCGUGAAGAUGAACCCUAAUUUGCCGCCGGAGAAAGCCUGCCUGUUGAGCUGCGGCGUCACUACAGGUCUGGGUGCAGUUUGGAAAACUGCUGACGUGGAAGAGGGCUCCACCGUGGCAAUAUUCGGACUCGGAACUGUUGGACUUGCAGUUGCUGAAGGGGCAAGAUUGCGAGGAGCCUCGAAAAUAAUUGGUGUGGACAUUAAUCCUAAUAAAUUUGAAAUAGGUAAGAAAUUUGGAGUCACCCAUUUCAUCAAUCCAACUUCAUGCACAGAGAAGACUGUUUGCCAGAUGAUAAAAGAAUUAACAGGUGAAGGUGCAGAUUACUGCUUUGAGUGCAUUGGCUUGGCUCCAUUGAUGAAUGAAGCAUUCGUCAGUUCUAGGAAGGGCUGCGGAAAGACAAUAAUAAUAGGUGUGGAAAUGACGGGAACACCCCUGAGCAUAAACACGUACGUGCUCUUGGAGGGUAGGGGCAUUUCCGGGUGUCGACUUGGAGGAUAUAAGCCCAAAUCAGAUAUUCCUAUGCUCGCCAAUAAAUACAUUCAAAAGGAGAUAAAUUUGGACAAAUAUAUUUCACAUGAGAUAAAUUUCGAGGAAAUUAACAAAGCCUUCGAAAUGCUUAAAGAGGGAACCUCCCUUAGGUGCAUCGUAUGGAUGGACCGUUAAUUGCGCGCAUAUUAGGUGCUGAUACAAUAUUUAUAAUAUAUCUGAUAGCACAUGAUUUAAAUUAAUACAAUGUGUUUUAUUAAUAUAUAUUUUGUGCUGAGAUCAACUGUAUUAUGUAUUAUGCAAAUUAUUAUCAUAUGUGCUACCAAUUUAUAUUUUAUGUGUUA